CUGACCUCGCUGGCACACACUAACAAACAGCAGUGAGCUCAUGGGGUGUAAAUAGCACGGUUGGAGGGACGGAGCGGGACAGCUGGGGUUUAUAAAGGAGGGUAGUCCUGUGCAAUGUUCCAAACUACCCGAUAGAAGACUAACAAAGAGAAGAAACUCUGGAAGCUUUCAGUUCUCACACUUCACCGGAGACUAAAGACAUCAAGUCUGAGAGAGGGAAUCUGACCAGAUAACUGACACUUUGCAGGUUGCAAGUCGAGCUUCUGUCUAUAUAUCGCUGAUAUGAUGUCCCAGCAUGCAGCCUUCACCGGCUUGUUCGGCGAGGACCCUUUCUUCAGCCAGGAGCAGCUGCUGUGGCCGCUGCGUCACAAGGCCCUCUCAUCGCUGCAGCAAGACUUCUUCAACCAGAGAACCAAAGUGGCCGACAGCCUUCUGAGGGGAAUUCACGAUCGGCCCCACCAGCUUAAAUUUAGCCAGUUUCCCCUUAUUUCCUCUACUUUGAUGAGGUUGAGUGAUGCUAAAGAGAGGGAGACUCCCAGCACGGAGCUGCACAAGGAAGCCCAGCUGGCCACAGCAAACAACAAUGACCUCCUGGUGACCCUAGACGCUCGCGGUUACGCCCCCAAUGACAUCACUGUCAAACUGGAGGGGCGUAGCCUGGCGGUGGUGGCCAUGAAGCAGGCCGGAGCAGAAGAGAGCGAGUCCUGCGCCUCUUCUUCCUCCAGAGCCUCCUUCUGCUCCUCGGCCUCGUCUCAGACGGGAUUUGUCCAGAAGAUCGACCUUCCCCCUCACCUGGAUCUGUCGCGUCUCUCCUGUUCCCUGAUGGAUGAUGGGCAACUGCGUAUCCACGCCCCUGUAGCCAAGCAGCCAACCAGUGAGGAGCAAGAGGUUCCCGUUCGGUUCAGGACAUCGCUGGAAUUUCCCAUUUCCAAGGACGAGGAAAUGGACUGAAGAGGAACAGAGAGACUAAUGCACUCAUGACAAACUUAAAAAAAACCUAAAUGUUAUGCACACACACAUACACACUUCCACUACAAGACUGUCUAUAAUGAGUUAAGUUUACCAUUACAAAUUGAAGAGAAUAUGUAUUUUAUAAUUAUUUACAAUUUGUAUAAACUGUUGAAAUAAAAUAAAGUGUUGAUUUUCAAAAA